AUGAACCCACUUGGCCAAAUCCCUUCCCAUGGGUACCGAGAGACCAGGGCCUUCAUACCAGGAGAGAGCAGGCUUGUCAGAACCAAGUCCAGUCCCAGGCGAGGCCAAGGGAGGGGUCAGGCCACCCCGCCUCGACGCCGAUUGCGUCCGCGGCCAACCCGCGGGGCGCGGAAACCCAGACGCUGCCGGCCCGUGACUGAGGAGGCCCCCCCAGUCCCGCCGGGCGCCGCCACUGGCCUCCAAGGCCGACACCCGACACCGCCCUCUCCCCAUCCCUUCCCCCCCGCCAGAGCCACCGGAGGCGGACCGGACCCUUCUCCCUUCCCAAGCACCCCGGAGCUCGCUGUUACCCACAACCGCGUCCCUCCCCGCACCCGCGAACCCAGGCCCCUCUGGCCACAGAAGGCGAGGGGGCUGCAGCGGGAAGCGGGGCACGGACAGGCAGGGCGCGCGAAGUCGGGGCGGGGGGGGAGAGCACGGGCAGGGAAGGCGAGGAGCCGAACCCGGGCCCGAGGCCUGGGCGGGGAGCCGGAUGGGAGAGACACGGAGCGGGGAACAGCAGGGUCAGAGCAGAUGCCCAACGGAUGGAGAGAGAACCAUCCAGGGCGGGCGGCGGGAGGUGGCGGCCGGCGGGCGCCCCGCGUGAGCCCAGGCUCUGAGGCCCCCGGGGGUGGGGGGCGGGCCGAACCACCCUGGAAGGCGCCACCGGGCGGGUCGCCGCGCUGCGCGUCCCUAGAUGCGCUGAGUCAAUAUAAUGAACCAGUGUGGGGCUGCGGGCUGAAGGCGAUGCUGUCAGCUCCUGGAUCGCAGGUGUCCUGCCGCCGCAACUGCGAGUCCAUCGUGGACACGGUCACCCCCUGUGUGCUGCAGAAGCGGUUCGUCACCGGGCUGCGGCCCUCGGCACCUAGGAAUGUCCAUGAUGUCUCCACAGCGGAGCGGUUCUUACAGUUCCACCAUGGGCUGCUACCCGGUGCAGAGGAGGAGGGGUCUGGCCACAAGUCAGGCCGCGUGGCCCCCGAGGUCCCCCAAAAAAGUCAGCCAAAAGAGCCCCUUGUGUCCUGCCGGAGUGCCUGCACUUGGCCAGAAGAACCAGCCGGAAAAGGAUGCCGAUACCACCACCAGGCAGAAAACAACGCAGAGGAACUGCUCAUCCCCAGCUGA